AUGGCCGGACGCGGGGCCGCAGCUCCCCCGCUGCUCACCGCGGCGGCGGCGGGCUCGUUGGCGGUGUGCGCAGUGCAGCUGGGCCUGGCCUGGGCGCUGGGCCGGAGGCUGGGCGGGCGCUGCGCCCCGGCGGAUCGCUGGGUGCUGGGCUGGCUCUGCUACGACGUGCUGGUGCAUUGCACGCUGAAUCCAAGUCAAUGCGCCCACUCAACAAGCUGCACCCACCAUACCGGACAGGAAGGCCCCUUUGUGUACCUGUCUUUAAUAGGAACAGUAGCAGAGUCAGACAACAUAUUUGCCUCUCUGUGGAAAGAAUAUGGAAGAGCAGAUGCAAGGUGGCUUUAUUCUGAUCCAACCAUUGUGUCUCUGGAAAUACUAACUGUUGUUUUGGAUGGCCUUCUAGCACUGAUCCUCAUUUAUGCUAUUAUCAAAGAUAAGUACUACAGGCAUUUCAUACAGAUUACAUUGUGUGUUUGUGAAUUAUAUGGUGGGUGGAUGACAUUCUGCCCAGACUGGCUCAUUGGAAGUCCUAACCUAAACACCAGUAACUGGCUUUACCUGUGGGUCUACCUGGUAUUUUUUAAUGGCAUAUGGGUAGUGUUACCUGGACUUUUAUUGUGGCAGUCCUGGUUAGGACUUAAGCAAAUGCAUCAUGAAAAAUCAAAUACUAGAAAGAAGAUUAGAUGAAGAUAAGCCCACUUCAUUAACCCCAUUAAUUGAGAGAUUUUAAAUUGAGAGUGUAAGCAGCAUUAUUGUUUUUGCAGAGACGCAAUCAACUGUUCAUCUUU